CUCACAUCUGCCGGCGGGGAAGCCCAGAUGCUCUUCCUCCUCUUGCUUCUCGCAUACUAUUGAUUAUUCCUCAAUUGCUCUCCAAUCCUCACAAUGGCUGGUCAGGUCGCUGGUUCCAAGGUUCUCCUUUUGGGCUCUGGUUUCGUUACCAAGCCCACCGUUGAGGUUCUAAGCAAGGCAGAUGUUCAUGUCACGGUCGCCUGUCGUACCCUUGAAAGUGCCCAAAAUCUUGCCGAGGGCUUCAAGAACGCGAAGGCCAUUGCCUUAGACGUCAGCGAUGCCGACGCUCUCGACAAGGCCCUCGAGCAGGUCGACCUUGCCAUCUCCUUAAUCCCUUAUACUUUCCAUGCCCUCGUGAUCAAGUCGGCUAUCCGGACUAAGAAGCAUGUUGUGACAACUUCUUAUGUUUCUCCCGCUAUGCUUGAAUUGGACGAGGAGUGCAAGAAGGCCGGCAUCACGGUCAUGAACGAGAUUGGCUUGGACCCCGGUAUUGACCACCUGUAUGCCGUCAAGACUAUCGACGAGGUCCACAAGGAGGGUGGUAAGAUCACCUCCUUUCUCUCCUACUGCGGUGGUCUCCCCGCCCCCGAGUGUUCCGAUAACCCUCUGGGAUACAAGUUCUCCUGGUCCAGCCGUGGUGUUCUCCUUGCUCUUCGCAACGCCGCCAAGUUCUACAAGGAUGGUCAGGAAGUCAGCGUCGCUGGACCUGACCUCAUGGCCACUGCUAAACCCUACUAUAUCUACCCCGGCUUCGCAUUUGUCGCAUACCCCAACCGCGACUCGACCCCUUACAACGAGCGAUACAACAUCCCCGAAGCCCAGACCAUCAUUCGUGGCACUCUCCGCUACCAGGGCUUCCCUGAGAUGAUCAAGGUGCUGGUCGACAUCGGCUUCUUGAGCGAUGAGGCCCGCGAUUUCCUCAACUCACCCAUCGCCUGGAAGGACGCCACCAAGCAGAUCCUAGGCGCCACGUCGGCGUCCGAGAAAGACCUCGAGUGGGCCAUUGCCUCCAAGACUUCCUUCGCUGACAAUGACGAGCGCAACCGCAUCAUUUCCGGUCUACGCUGGAUUGGCCUCUUCUCCGAUGAGCAGAUCACUCCCCGCAGUAACCCCCUUGAUACCCUCUGUGCCACCCUCGAGAAGAAGAUGCAGUACGCCCCAGAGGAGCGUGACAUGGUCAUGCUGCAGCACAAGUUCGAGAUUGAGCACAAGGACGGCUCCAAAGAGACCCGCACCAGCACAAUGUGCGAGUACGGUGUUCCCGGCGGUUACUCUGCCAUGGCUAAGACCGUCGGUGUCCCCUGCGGUGUUGCCGUGAAGCUGGUUCUUGAUGGUACUAUCAACAAGAGGGGUGUCCUUGCUCCCAUGACCUGGGAUAUCUGCGCUCCUCUCCUCAAGACCCUUAAGGAUGACUACGGCAUUGAGAUGAUUGAAAAGACUCUGUAAACACUCCGUAAACUUGCUUUCGUUCAGGCUUAAAUUACGACUGGACUGCUUAACGAUUUAAAAUGUUUAUAAAGGGUUAGAAAAUAUUCUGGGGAUUAAAAUUAAAGGAGAAAGGAAUACAAAAUUUAUUUAU